AUGUCAGCGGAAGCCCAGCCAUCAAAUAGCAAGAGUAGAAGGCAAUUACGAUUUAACAACUAUAUACAAGAGCAAGAAUAUCAACCAGAAAACGACGAAGAUGAUUCUCCCUUGCGUUCUGUUCCUGAUGAAAAUGUUUUCCGAGUACCUCUUCCACCAAAAAAUUUGAACAGAAGGGAACCCAUGAUUCAAAAAACUAAUACAUUUGCUAAUAAUUUUGAAGAUGGGUUAGAAGAUGACAGUGGUACAAAAGCGAAGUUUAUGCAGAAAAUGAAGCAGUUGGAAGAAAGGCGUGCGAAAGCUAAUGAAGCGAAGAAGACGAAGAAAACAAAUGAAGUCGUGGAACAAACUGUUAACAAAUUGGAUAUAAGUUUAACUGAGCAGUCGUUUUUAAGUUCUGCUCAUGGCUACCCUAAUCCUGUCCAAUCGGAUUUUCGGUUAUCUAACGUUUCUUCUAUCCAUCCUUUUGAAACAACAUUCACCCAAAAUUCUGAUAUUAAUCUGUUCGGACCAGUGUCAUCUACACCUUUCCGGGAAACGGCUCCUACUGGAAAAAAAUUGGGGACAAAUUCAGUAUCAUGCUCAGAGCCUGUUGUGAAUACUGCCUGUUCCUCUACAAACUUUCUCCCAACUAAUGAUGUGUCAAUAAUGUAUGAGACAUACGAAGAGAAAUUGGAUCGUCAAAUGAAAGCUUUGACGGUAUGGUGUAACAUUAUUUUAAAAUCUGAUUUGGAUGUUGCUGAAAUUGAUCUCGGAAAAUCUAGAAAGGAAGCUGACCAAAAGUUGCAAGACUUACUUACUAAACCAUCCAAAUGUGAGCAGGCUAAUCAAGAAGCUUCGAAGAAGUUCACCUACAAGGACUUCUUGAAAAAACAGGAGCGUGAUGCGAUUAUGGAGAAAGCCUCAAAAUGCUAUCGAGUAACGAAUAUUCCUAUCAAGAUACGUGAAAUGGUUAGCCGUCGGGAAGUAGCUAUCCGUGAUGAUUGUGCUGUGUAUUGCAAUAUUAGCUUGAUGAAAACACUACUACGAGUUUUUCUGUCGUUUAAUCCUUUUUGGCUUCAUUUAGGAUUAGAAAUAGUUUUCGCUGAGAAAAUUAGUAUCGGAGAUGGUGAACUGUACGCUUCGGUUUUAUCGAAAUUCAUUUCAUCCAGAUUAUUCACGGAUCCGAUUAUUAUGAAAAACAAAAAGUUUGCGUUAGGAACCGUCAAGAUGAUUGUUACUCCUGCUGGUCGUGAAGCUCUCCAUGCUCAUUUUUUGACUCAUGCUUGUCAGUUUUUCUUCUUUGUUGAGUAUGCAAAAUCAGUUGGGGUAUUUGAGCAUAAUCCUCGUAUGUUCAACAAAUCGUCCUCUUACAAGUGCUUGGAAGAUGUCUUUUCUGAGCUGUCUCGUGAAAUCCUUUCAGCUAGCUCGUUACCUCUGCAUAAAGCAAUGGCAAGAGUAGGAUUCAAGCCUAAAUUCAAACAGGGCUUUUUAGAUAACUUCGAUUACAAGGUUACUUGCUUCAAUAACUUCUGUGAUGGUAUUGUCCUUGGAAAAUUGAUCGAAAUAAUUUAUCAUGUUAACCAUAUUGCAUUGAAAUUACGAGAACCAAAAGGGGAUAGGCUUAGAAAAGUUGGUAACAUCAAAGUUUCCUUUGAAGCGGCCAAACAGGCGGGGCUGGAUUUGGGAGCCCUAAAACCCGACGCUAUCGUGGCUGGAAAUAAAGAAGCGAUACUUGAAUUACUCUGGAGACUUGUCGGUGUUUAUGUGUUAGAAUCUAGGCAACAUGAACUCAGAAGACUUUCAAUGGAUUUGGAGAACAGACGCUUUAGUAGUUUUGGAUGUGCUAAUGAAAAUACGAAGCCAGAUGAGUUAGUCCUCCACAUCUGUCGCCAAAUUGGAGACGCUUUGGGUUUACACGUGGAAUGUAUUGAUGAUUUGAAAGAUGGAAGGUUAUUGGCGGGUGCCUGGAGAUUGUAUAACCCACAAGCACCCGAUGUUACUUUUUAUCCUGGAAAUACUUUGUAUAAACAAGUUGUUUCAGCGGCUGAAAGUGAACUAGAUGUUCCAUUAGGUUUACAAGGAGCAGUGCAGUUAUUUGCUUACAUGUACUUAACUCGCCUGUUCGAUCAUCAUAAAAUAAAUUCGGCAGCCGCUAGAAUACAGAAAGCUUACAGAUCCUACAAGUUUUUGAAGUUUGUGAAGAGCUGCGCAUCCAAUAUCAGAGGUUCUAUCAAUGAUAUAACAUGUGAUAUCACGUGUGAUGUUCAGAGAACUUACAUAAUACCAGAAGAUGAUUGUACUGCUUCCUUUAACAGAAUGUCUUUGGCAGAACAUGGUGAUACUGUCAAAGUUGAAGAAGUUUCACAACUGGAAGAAUGUUGUGACCAGGAUAUCGACAGUAUUGAAAAGGAGAUAGACUACGAUAAGUGCGCUAGAAAACUUCAAGCUGCUGUUCGUUUGUGGCUUGCGAAACGUAAACUCAUUCGCCAGAUGGAAGCUCGUGAAGCUGCCGCAAUUAUGAUUCAGGCAUUUUACCGCGGGUGCAAAGCGAGAACACUAACUAGUAUGCUAAGAAGAGAGAAACUCGAAGCUGAACGAUUAGCUCAAUCUGCUAUUGUCACAAUUCAAUCAUAUUAUCGAGGAUGGAGAACCCGAGUGUUGUUCAGAGCCAUGAAACAAGAGAAACUCGAAAGAGAAGCGCUGGAAGCCGAACGAUUGGCUAUUUCUGCUGCUAUCACGAUUCNCUCGAAAGAGAAGCGCUGGAAGCCGAACGAUUGGCUAUUUCUGCUGCUAUCACGAUUCAAGUAA